AUGAAAUCAUCACCCGCCAAAAGCACUGGUUCUGAAGCAUCACUUCAGCCACCCAACAUUAUCCUAAGGACGAGCAGCAAAUAUCAUCCAUUGAUGAUCUGUUUGCUUGUAGGUAGUACUGCUACCGUCUUAUUUCCGCUCUUCUUUGCAUUGAGGGAUGGAGACUUUCAUACAGCAUGGACGUUACUCUGGUCUGUUCUUUUCAUUGGUCUAGUCUUUAUGCUGGUGCUUCCAAAGACGGUGGACGUUCGUUCCGACGGUGUCAUUGGCAUCAAGACGAUGCUGACGACUUGGAAGUUCACGGACGUCACAAGAGCCUACGAAUCUAGCUUUUCACCUGACGAACUCAUGAUGCCCCGCAUCAAGUUUGCCACUACUUGGAAACCACCGCAUCGGGUGAUUUUGUGCCGCAAAAAUGGCAAGUGGGAUGUGCUAGUCUCACCAGAGGAUGCCAAGGAAUUUGUGGAAGCGGUCAAUAAUUUAGUCGGCAGUGAGGAAGUUGUCAAUGCCGAGACGGGGGUAAAAAAAACACCCAAGCGGGAUCUUUCCAGUCAAUAG